AUGGCUGUCGAGCGGCGCGUGGAGGUCGUCGGUUCUGUGCCUGGAUUCGGAAUGGGCAAGGUGGUGAGAGCCUUCCUGCUCCUUCUGUAUUUUGCAGGCCGCAGCAGCGCGCUUUACUUCCACAUCGGGGAAACGGAAAAGAAAUGCUUUAUUGAGGAGAUUCCGGAUGAGACGAUGGUCAUAGGAAACUAUCGGACACAGUUGUAUGACAAGCAGCGCGAGGAAUACCAGCCGGCCACCCCCGGACUUGGCAUGUUCGUGGAAGUCAAGGACCCCGAGGACAAGGUCAUUCUGGCCCGACAAUAUGGCUCCGAAGGCAGAUUCACUUUCACCUCCCAUACUCCCGGUGAGCACCAGAUCUGUCUCCACUCAAAUUCCACCAAGUUCUCCCUGUUUGCUGGAGGCAUGCUGAGAGUUCACCUAGACAUCCAGGUAGGUGAACACGCCAAUGAUUAUGCAGAAAUUGCUGCCAAAGACAAACUGAGUGAAUUGCAACUGAGAGUGAGACAGUUGGUAGAACAAGUGGAGCAGAUCCAAAAAGAACAGAAUUACCAGCGGUGGCGGGAGGAACGCUUCCGGCAGACCAGUGAGAGCACCAACCAGCGGGUGCUCUGGUGGUCUAUCCUGCAGACCCUCAUCCUCGUGGCCAUUGGAGUCUGGCAAAUGCGGCACCUCAAGAGUUUCUUUGAAGCCAAGAAGCUUGUGUAACCAUCCCAGACCCUACAAGUCAUCCUUCCUUCCAGGCUAGGGGAGAAAGGACCUCCUGGA